CCCAACGCUCCCUCGCUCGUCCGAAUUCGGUGGCGCCACGUCCGUCGGUCUCCGCCUUCUGCACCGCGACCCGGGCGGCUUCCGCCUCGACACCUUCCACUCGCGAAGCCGGCCGCGUCGUGAAAGGGCCGGGACGAGAAGGCGGGCGGCUGUGCGCAUACUGGCCACCUAAGAGGCGAAGAUGUCGGACAUCGGGGACUGGUUCAGGAGCAUCCCGGCCAUCACACGCUAUUGGUUUGCCGCCACUGUCGCGGUGCCCUUGGUUGGCAAGCUCGGUCUCAUCAGCCCGGCCUACUUCGUUCUCUGGCCCGAAGCCUUUCUCUACCGCUUCCAGAUUUGGAGACCAAUCACUGCCACCUUUUUUUUCCCUGUGGGUCCAGGAACUGGAUUUCUUUAUUUGGUCAAUUUAUAUUUCUUAUAUCAGUAUUCUACACGACUCGAAACAGGAGCUUUUGACGGGAGGCCGGCGGACUACUUGUUCAUGCUCCUCUUCAACUGGGCGUGCAUCGUCAUUACUGGCUUAGCAAUGGACAUGCAGUUGCUGAUGAUCCCUCUGAUCAUGUCGGUGCUCUAUGUCUGGGCCCAGCUGAACAGAGACAUGAUUGUGUCAUUUUGGUUCGGAACUCGAUUUAAGGCCUGUUACUUGCCUUGGGUUAUCCUUGGGUUCAACUACAUCAUUGGAGGCUCGGUCAUCAAUGAGCUAAUUGGAAAUCUGGUUGGACAUCUUUAUUUCUUCCUGAUGUUCAGAUACCCAAUGGACUUGGGAGGAAGAAAUUUUCUAUCCACACCUCAGUUUUUGAGUCGUGUUGAGUGGCUGCCAUACUUUAGUCAACUAAAAAGGCUUGGAACACGUUGAUGAGGUUUCCAUCCCGGAAAUGUGUGCUGACAGGGUGACUGCUCUUUGCCCUGCUCUAAACGUGAUGUGCGUUGUCUUAGGAAGUGGGGAUCUGCAAACAGCUCCUCCUCUUUCAUCAAGUUUGGGUGUGUGUACUUCUCCACAUUUAAUUUAUACGGUGGAAUAGGAGGUGUGGGCAUCUGAACCUGAACUGCCAUGUGUUCUGCUGCUGACCUGUGGCCAUAAUAAAACGCUCUUGUAAAAUCUGGAAGCCAUGUUCCCGCCAUGUUGCAUGUGCCCCGUGUGCAGGCGUGAAACUCCGGGAAAAGAGUCUCAUGGUAAGUGAGCUGGGGUCUCUCAUCCGCCCUCUUAGCAACUCGACUGCCUGAGAGUGGAGGUUUUUCUAAAGGCUGUUACAGAAUUCUUCAGGUCAAGGCAAAACGUUCAUUACGUUCUUCCGCUUAAACAUGUUUAGGAGCUGAUAAUUUUAUUAAUUUUGUCUGGAUUACCUGUCUCUUGGGAAUAAUUUUAGCUAAGCAAGCUGUUUGGGAUUUGAUUUGGCAAGGCAAGACACGACAGUGGAUUCUCUUUAUGAAUGAAAAAAAAAAAAUCCUUAUUUUUGUGUAGAGAAAUUCCCUUUUUGUAACUAAUCAUUUUUAUUGGUAAAAAUUGUAAAUUAAAAUGUACAACUUGA